GACCUACGCGUCGGACUCCAUCCGCCGUCGCAUCAACUUCUUCACGUUGGGCAUCAACAGCAAAAGGCUCAAGUAUCAGUCCUAUUGCAUCCUUUCGACACGGGUGGGAGGCAUGGACAAUCAACAUUUUCUGGAUUGGCUCCGUGCUGCCCGCCGCGACCGCGACGGCGGCAGCAGCGCCCGCAAGCGCCCGCGACCCAGCGACAGUGCAGACAUCAUCGAUCCGCCGACUCCUGCAACGAUGGAAACCAUCCCCGACAAGCGCCGCAGGAUCGGCCCUUCGGCCUCCCAUGGCGGCGCCGGAGAGGACCGAACCCCGCGCCCCCGAAGGCCAUUCUCAAGAGCGGCCUUAUCGCCGAAGCGGUCCGCAUCUUUUGUCGAUGAAUCGUCGAUCCGCAGCCACGCCCGCAGCCACGCCAGCAGCAGCAUCAUGAGCGAGCCGAGCAGCAACGCAUCUGCUCGAAAAAUACGGAGACACGUACAGUUGGGGCCGGAUCCGGUGAAGUUUAUGCCGUUUGCCGAGGCCGGAGACAACAUCCCCAGGGCGCUAAAGGAACUGCUGCUCGACUUCAACAAGGUCGAAGCCGGCGCCGUGCCCAUCAUAUCGCACUCGAGGCGGGACGAGAUCCGCCGUUCGGAGGCGAGGGUGGGCGUAUUUGAGAACGCCUUCUUGUCCGAAGGCGCCGGGCAGGGCGAGGUCGAGUCGCCCCCCCUGGAGGAUGUCCUCAGGAUCAUGCGGAUGGCGAACGAGUGCGCUGCCUUGCGUUGCGACGAGCAUGCCUGGAACUGUGGCGUACACUUUCCGCUGUUGAGGCUGGCAAUUCCCGAAAACAGUCUGCUCAAAAUCGUUCCAUGCACAUCUGCACGUGUUUCAAACAAGCAGUUCCUCCCCGCGAGCGUGCCCAAUGACAAAAUGGUCGAUUUCUGCCUCGCCAUUGAUCCUUACUGGCCAUUAGAGACGGAAGACUCAACACCUGCCUCGGUGGCCGUCGACGAAGUCAGGCUUUCCCUGUCUAGCUACUCCAUCAGCCACACGGACUACGCGCCCCUGGCUCAAUACCCCAUCGCUUUAAGCAUCGCGGCCAAGCACCAGAACGGGAGUGGCGCAGAGGCGGAAGCCCAGCUCGGCGUCUGGCAGACGGCGCAGUGGAAAAUGCUCGAGGCCAUGGUUUAUUCAGGGCUUGCGCCCCAGGGAAGUGAUGCUGGCGAUAUUGUCGGGCUUGCUGCCAACCCUAGCCCCGGCGCUUGCCUCGAGGAGCUGGGCUUUUUGCCGGGUAUUUACAUUGUCGGCCACCGUUGGACGUUUGCGGCCACCACCAGGGACCCAGAAUCUGGCCGCACCACGCUUUGGACAGGUAAAGAUUUCGGCAGCACGUCUGACGCGUUGGGCAUUUACCGCAUCAUCUGGUGCCUCCGUCGCAUCCAGAAGUUCCUGACAGAAGUUUACUGGCCAUGGUAUCAGAAGUACGUGCUUGAUAUGGAAAUGUCGGAUGGCUAAAAAAGCAACGCGCUUUCAUCCAAAAAGGAGAGGGAGGAAAGGAGAGGAAGGAAAGGGGAGGAAGGAAAGGAGAAAGAAGAAGGGGAGG